GCCAGCAGGUGUAACUACCUCCCUUCCCCGCCGCGUGUUUUCACAGCAGAACAACAUUUAAUUAAAUAUAGACUCGGCUUAAUUCACAUUAUUUUGUGUUUUGAAUCGUUACUUUGUGAUAAAACGUCUUCUAACAUUGCUUUAAAUGAUGCCAUUAACAACACUCAUGUCGUCGAUCCAACAUGCAGCUGCUGCGCAACCAGUUUGUUUCUGCCUCCUUCUCUUUUUGUCGCAUUGGAUUUAAAGGCGAAGCGGAGUUGGAUAUUAUCGGGAAUUGGACCCAAGUUAUAGAUGGUGGCUGCCGCUCUGUAGCUGUGUGGUGAACAUGGGAUAUCGGGAAAACAUGAUUGCAAGUAACUCGAACAGUGUCCGUCGGUAGAUUUGGGAAACGGGACGCAGAAAACGCCGACAGAGAGGUCGAGACACCCCGAGAAGAAACCCGCCGGACAGCCGGGGACCGAACUGGACGCCGCCCAGCUGGCAGGCUGAGACAGACAGCAGUGGGCCUCACAAAACAGAGGACGCAGUGAAGGACACUGAAGUAGCCUAUGCAGAUAGCCAACUCUGCUGGAUCAUGGGAAACCAGACUGACAGAGACAGCCAUGGCACUACAGGUUCUCCUUUAGAUUUCUUCCACACGCCUCCUACCACGCCCUCAGAGGCAGAGCUGACUGCCAUGGCCUUAUCCUCUGCAGCUUCCUCCAGUAAGUCACAGACGCCAUCACCAACCGGCACCACCACCCCCUCCAUCUCCUCUCCACUUGCAGACUGGACACAGAAACUGUCUGCUCCCUCAGAAUGGGCUGUGAUAAGCGUAGACGGUGUCCCCUCAGAGCCAAAUGUGAGCGAUGCAGCAGUGAUGCAUGGAAAGGCAGCGGGCAGCCCGGUCAGCCUGGCGUUCCUGCCUCCAUCCAGUGGAUCGUCUUCAGAGCAGAGUUGGCAGGAGCGGGAUAGUGGACUGGAGCCGCAGGCUACAGCAGAGAGAGCCGGAGAGGAGGUGACCCUGGUUUUACUCAGUCUGAUGGAGCACUACAGUGCCUCACUAGGCCUGACCCCCAACACUGAUGUAACCACAGGAGCAGUAGAGCUGCUCAGGUGCUUGAUAACAGAGAGAGAUGAGCUGGUUGAGGAGGUGGACACACUUAGGGAGACACUGAGGACGGAGAGGUUGGAGUGGCAUCAGUUCCAGUGUGACCUGCAGGUUGCGGUGUCUGUGGCCGACCGGCUGCGGGUCGAGUCGGAACAGGCUCUGGGUUUGCUCCAGAAGAGCCACAGGGCCGUGAAGGAGCAGUUGGCUCAUGCCCUCAGCAGAGAGCAGGAGAAGGUGGGAGAGCUGGAGAGUCUGAGGGCCGAGCAUAGAGAUGUCUGCUGCAAACUUACUGAACUCGCUCUGCAGCGGCAGCUGGAGCGAGCCGAGCUGGACGCUGUGAGGGACGCCUGCAAGGUGAAAGAUACAACAGAAUGUGAUGAACAGGCAGAGCGACGAGACUCUGAGGAUGCGCAUGGGGAGGAAAUACAGGAAGUUGUGGAGGAAAAACCCAGGCAAGUUGAAACCAACACUGAAGUUAAACAUUUUGAAAAGAAGGAGAACGAAACAAAUCAAGAGGUGGAUGCUCAUGUUGUGGGUCAUGAUCUCGAGGAGGCAAAUGGAUCAGGGAGCAUGCAGUUGACAGGGAAAGGGGUGGCGGAGGGAUACCUUCGUAGUUUGGCUAUACUGGACAAGAAGAAAGAUGGGAGAGAUCCAAGGAGGAUUGUGAUGCUAUCUGAAAGAUCUUGGAGUCUCUCUCGUCUCCCACUCCCAACUGACUCCUCCAGUGAAAAUGAGACCUCAAAAAACACGAGCACAACCCUGCCGCUAUGCAAGAAAGAAGAGCCACCAAAACCGAGAAGGAUGGACCGCAUUUUACAGCGGCAGGACAGCUGGUCCAGCUUUUACACAGGAAAACAGGAUGAGGACCAAAGCUCGGAUUCCAUCAACUUUUCUUGCCCUCCCAGACCUCAAGAUGGUUUCAGUGCUCUGCUGAGGCGUCAUGGCGGCUCCAGAAGAAACUCUCUGCUGCGCUGGUGCCAGAGUCGUACCCAAGGUUAUAAGAAUAUUGAGAUCACAAACUUCAGCAGCAGCUGGGAUGACGGUUUGGCGUUCUGCGCUGUUUAUCACACAUAUUUGCCAACUCACAUCCCGUACGACACCCUCAACCCAGCAGACAAGAAGGAAAAUCUGCACCUUGCUUUUAAGACAGGAGAGAGAGUGGGAAUCAUAACCACACUGACAUCGGAGGAGAUGCUGAAGGCAGAUGGACCGGACUGGCAGCAGGUCCUGGGUUAUGUCGAAAGCAUUUUCCGUCACUUUGAGAUGUGAAGUCAUUUUCUCUUGUCGCUCUUCAUCCUGGUUCUUUUCCAUCAUCGUGACUGAAACACUGUUCACCACAAGAGGGAGUUCUACUCAUAAUAUAUUGGCGCAGCCAGGAUUUUAAACGUCAACAAUAUUAAACUUUAUAUGUUUUUAUGCAGCUAUACAACAUACUUCACACAGAAACUAAACCUUGGAGUAUUUCUAUUUUUCUACAUACCAUUUAUUCAGAUCCAAAUAGUUGCUGGGUGAUGAUGCACAAGACACUAAAGGAUUUGUCAGAUUAUAAAUAUGUUCAACAAUCACUGUCAUUUGUUUCCAGGUGCUGGGUGCACUGGUUUUGCACGGUUUGCCUUUUAGAAAUUAAUGAGCACUUUAUGAUUAAUGUAAAUUUGCGCUGUAUUUUUAUGUGGAUGAUUUCAGAAUCUGGAGCACUUUUAAGUUUUAUUUAUCUUGACUAAUAGUUUUAUCAUGAACCUCUCCUGCUGUCAUACAGUAUCAUGUCUGCACGCACCCAAACUAAAACAAAGGAAGGGGGCAGACAUGAACUCAUAUUUUAUUUGUUGGAAUGCUGAUGUUUUAACCUUAAACACUACAGUAUCCGUCAGGAAAUGUAUAUGUAAAUGUAUGUAAGCGCUUCAGUGUUUUUCAAAAACAUGGUAAUCAUAUGACUAUGUUGUUGCCAAAUGCCUUAUUGCAGUAAUAAAGUUAUGUAUAUGAAA